AUGAGAGUUGCUGCCAGGUCCCAGUCGGUGACGGGGAGCAGAGUGAAACGCCCACCCAGGUCGCUGCUGCUCGCCGUCCUUUCCCGUAGACGCGGGAGCACAGCGCCCAAGCUCGCCACGGCCGCCAGUGCGCAGGCGCCGCUCGCCCUCCCCGCGGGCCCGCCCCCCACGCUCGCUCGUUGGGCCCCGCCGGGCGGUCCGUCUGCGCAGGCUCAGGACGGGUCUCGGGAGCCGGGGCUGGGGCGCAGGCGUCGCUGUGGCCCUCCCCGGAGCCCCCGCCGUCUCGGGGCGGCGGAGGAGCGCCGGGCACCGAGGUCGCAGGUGGGCUGCGGCCGCAGGGCCUGGUGGGCUGCGUGGGAACUGGGUUCAGAGCCUGGUCCCGAGGGCUGCGGUGGGCGGAGGCCGGGCGUGUGCCGGGUCUGCGAGUGCUCCUGGGAGCGGGAGAAGAGCACCGCGCAGGGCAGCAGCGCCGCGCGCCCUGGCCGGGGUCCGGGUUUGACAGCCCAGCUCUGGGCCCUACGGGUCAGCUGGGCGUCGUCGCGCGGAGUGCGAAUGCCGCGUGUCGCCCAGCCUGCUCCCCGCGCCCUGAACCCUCAGGAGGACCGCAGGGCCGCGCCGAAGGACGGAGAUUUGGACCUAGUGAAAGGACAUCGCCCCUUAGCCCCAGCUAUGGACUCCACAGCAUCAGUUCUCCCUUCUCAGGACCCUGCUCUUCCUCCAGAGAGAUACCCAGGAGAAAAGGGAACAGCCAGUUUAUGCCUGAAAGCCAGGCCCCAGGACCUGAUGACAUUUGAGGAUGUGGCUGUGGAAUUUACCCGGUGGGAGUGGGGGCAGCUGGACACUGCUCAGAAGGAGCUGUACCGAGAGGUGAUGCUGGAUAACUUCAAGAACCUGGCCUCCCUGGGGUUUCCAGUGUCCAAACCAUACGUGAUCUGCCAGUUGGAAGAAGGAGAAGAGCCAUGUAUAUUGGAGAGAGAAAUCUCAACAGGUGAUCACUCAGGUUUUCCUAAUCUCCAGUCACUUGCUCGUCUCUUAUUUUUGACACCUCUGAAACCUUCAGACAUACACCAUUCUUGGAAGAAACUGUACAUUCGAUAUUAUUUUAAAGGCUAAUUAUCUUACAUCUGUUGUAAGACUUUACUUCCUCUUGGCACACAGAACAGGUAAUACUAGAAUGUCUUUUUUUUUCCCCCCAGACUGGGAGAGAAGGCCUAAAGCCAAAGAAUCAAUGCUAAGUCAGGGAAUUUCCAAAGAAGAAUUAUUCC